AUGACGCCCGAGGACUAUGCAAAGUACUUGCGAGAGCAUAGAUUGGAUCCUGAGAAUCGACCAAAAGAUCGCGGCGAAGCCAUACAUUCGGCUAUUCUCGACAAGAGAGUUUACAUCGCCAUCGAGCUUCUGAAUCUGUACCCAGAAGACUGCCUUGAGGCGAGAAGUCAGAAGGGAUCCCCAAGAUGGCGCACUCCGUUACACAACGCAUGUGAGCACAACCGUACAUUGGUUGUCAAGGAACUUCUCGAUAAAGGAGCCGAUUCCAAUGCACGAAGCUUUCACAGACUUACUCCGCUUAUAUUCGCAGUUGAAGCAGAGAAUCAUGAGAUUGUGAAACUUUUGGUGGAAAAAGGGACUGACGUCAAUCUUCAGUCGGAUGCAAAGACUAACGAACGAAGCGCACUCCAUGUUGCCGCGAACGUAGUGUCUCCAGACAUUCUAUUGACUCUUCUACAUAAUGGGGCAGACCCGAAGCUUGUGACGAAGAACGGCAAUACUCCUUUACACUUCGCUGUUCGAUCUGGCUGUGCAUCUGCUGCCGCUCUUCUGCUGUUUCAUGGGGCGUCACCUACAGCCACUAAUGAGAAGGGAGAGUCACCAAUCAAUCUCAUCGAGAACCUGGGAAAAGACGAUCAUGGGAAAUUUACUCACAUCUUCGAGUGCGCUCAGAAGAAAGGUGACUUUGGGGAUUUGUUCAAUCAACACCUUCGGCGGAAUGCACCAAUCGACAUUGUUUCUGCGUUACACUGGGCUAUUUCGCAUGAUCUUGACGGAGCUGUUGCUUACCUGCUUCAUGUCGAGCCACACGCAGUAGAGGCGAGGCUGUCUAGCGGGUGGUAUCCGCUCCAUGUAGCAGCGAGGGGUGGACACGAGAAAUGUGUUGCGGUUCUUCUCGGACAUGAGGCAAAAGUUGAUUGCAAAACCAAGACAGGCUGGACACCACUAAUGAUGGCAGCUGAAAAGGGAGAUAGGAAGGUUCUUCGGAUUUUGUUGAACUACGAUGCUGACCGCUCGGCAACCAAUGCAAACAAGGACACUGCAUGGAAGAUUGCUAGGCACCAUGGUCACCGGUUCCCAAUGCUGUUGGCAGUUAGGCAUGUCAGUCCCUCAAACAUAGAUCGUGAGGGAAAGGAAACAGACGGAGAGAGCAGACUGGCACCCCCAAAGGAGAGGCCGCACUGCAGAACGCCUUCUCCAAGUCCAAGAGAUGUCUCAGAAGACACAGGUGAGAUGUUCGCACUUACAGAUGCGAAAUCAGACGAGGCGUCAACUGAAACACCCCAAAACUCGGAGUAUUUCGAAGACUUCCUCAAGACUUUGGAGCAAACGUGGUAUCAUAAGAUACAGUGGAAUCCAGAAGACGACGUCGAAAACCCUCGGAAAGACUGGACUGGUCCAGUGAAGAUUGCCAUACUUGACACUGGGAUCGACCUCAGCCAUCAAGACUUUAAUCAGCGGGCCAAGAGAAGAACAAAAAUAGGAUUAAAACAUGUCUCGGAAAAGACGCAGCGCGAAAGGAUCAAAGCAUGCAAGAACUUUACAGAUGGGCCCGAGCAUGAUGUGACUGAUAACGACGGUCACGGUACUCAUAUUGCUGGUCUGAUCAUGACUAUUGCUCCACGUGCUGAGCUAUACAUUGCAAAAGUGAGCUCACCACAGAGACCCGAGAACAAAGACGAAAGCCCGAAAAGGCGUGGGAAAGAGUCUCAUCCAAUUCAAGAGGCUCUUAAGUGGGCUAUUGAAAAUGAGGUCAACAUUAUCAACAUGUCACUUGGCUUCUCUGAACUCGGUUCUCUCGAGCUUACCAAAACUCUUAGGGAUGCAGACGGCAAGGGGAUCAGCGUCUUCGCUGCUGCUUCAAACCAUGGAAAUCGCAACCCCAUAGCCUGGCCAGCGCGUGAUCGCCGUCUGGCCAUUUGCGUGGGAUCGAACGACGAGAUGAGCAAGCUUUCAACAUUCGCCCCCAGCACAAAUAGUAAGUUUCCAAUUUUCGUCACCUACGGUGAGAAUAUAUACAGCCAUUGGCCCGGCGGCGGUUAUCGCAAGAUGAGCGGCACAUCAGUCUCAACACCGAUUGCUGUGGGCAUGGCAGCCAUGAUAAUCGCCUUUCUGAACAAGACGAAUGAAUGGGGGCAAGAUGACAAGGCCGGCCUUCUUGGAAGAAUAAAGGAAUGGCGGAUAAGAGGUACUGAAGGUAUGGGAAGAGUAUUGGAGAAUAUGUGUCGUGACAUCAACGGACUCAAGCUUCUAUCACCAAAGCUGAUGUGGGAGGAUGAUACUGUGCCGGACCCGAAACCGAUACAGAUUCUUGCUUUCCUAAGUUUCUUCGAAGGGCGCGAGAUCGCCGGUUGA